AUGUCAGACGAUCCUGUGCAGUCUCAAUCAUCGAUAUCGCAGAGCGGCCUUGAUGCAGUUCAUCAACACGCCGAGCCUAUCUCGAGCAACUUGAACCACGAGCCGUCAGAGCCUGAGGUGGUCAACACGGAGUCGAGAGGGAUUGGACCCCAAGCCGCCGAUGUCGAAGACCCGACAUCGAGUCCCCCUGCGGACGACGAUGCGCCGUCGGACAGUGGAUCGGAAGCCUCGUACCACACCGCAGAAGAGGAAGAUUCCAUAGACGUUCCCGACGAUGAUCAUGCCAGCCAGCAUAGCACAGAGAGCUACGAUUCAUGGACAUGGUUUGAUCAAUUCCGCAGCCCAGAGAGAGGGAAGAACCGGUGGUACGUCGUCCUCGUUGGACGAGAAACGGGCGUGUUCAAAAAUUAG